AUGCCCUGCACGGCCGAGACGCCGAUCCCCUUCAUCGAUCCGAACAAGGACCCGGCAAUCUUCGUCAAAGCUCUCGCAACACAGCCGCUGCCACCGCCUCUUUCGCCAGACAACUCGGUCCGCCAAUUUGCCGGGUAUGCCACCAUGACGACGGCCGGCGAGUUCACUCGGCUGCUCAACAACCAUCUCCCAGUCGAGGUGUAUUUUGAAGAGACCAGCGUUGACGCAUGGGCCGGCCUGGUCGUCUUCGACCGCGAAGUCGGGCUCGGCCUGGCCGAGAUGUACAAGUACUGCGAGACAGUCGACUACUUUGGAGGCCAAGAAGGCGGCACCACGAUCAUCACCGAACUUGCUCUGGAAGACUCGCCCACCAAGAUGGAGGAUUGGGUCAAAGCCCAAGACUGGUCUUUCCUGUUCAAGUAG